AAAUUAACCUAACAUUUGCAAAUUUGUGUAAUGUAUAAAUUUUCCGUUCAAAAUGUCAAAAGAUAUCAUUGGCCCUGACAAAAGUAUAACUUGGGCUGUUUGUGUAAAGAAUAGAAUAAGUAGCGUAGAAAAAUGCCAGUAUUCACAGCGAAUGUACCGGGGAUUCUCAAAGUGGGAGACAAGAUUGAAAUUGGAGGAAAAAUCAAGGAUAAUGCUCGAAAAAUGUCGGUAAACCUGUGUGCACAAGAGGGGGAGGAGCCGCGCGAUGUGGUGCUGCACUUCGACGUGAGGUUCCACCGGGACAACAUCAUCUCACUCUCCCGCAAGAAUGGCGUCUGGAUCGGCAGCGGAAACUACGACACCAACUACAACAUGUUCGUGCCUGGUACGAUCUUCCGCAUAGUGUUCGAGAUCAAGGACACGGAUGUGAUCACCAUCUACUGCCAGGGCAAGUUCCACUCCAACUUCCUGCCCAAGAUCCCGCUCACGAUGGCAAGGUUUAUCGUAGCCUGGGCGGACGUCGAGCGCAUCACACACUGCUACUUCCAUAUGGGGCAGAAGGGUAUCGGUGAAGACCUGUCUAAUCCAGGGCCGCCGCCCUACGGCCCAACAUCACCGCGCCCAGCUGCACCACCCAACAUAGCUGGCGACGCUAAGAGAUGGGCCUCUCGUAGCAACGUUGUGGAGGUUCGGAAUAUCACUCAUAGGAACCAGGGUGGCGGUACGCGGUCUGUCAUAGACAGCCCAAGAGCUCACAAGAAAACAUCAGGAUCUCCUCAAGAGGCUGUUUCUUCCAACGAUAGUUCUGAUGAGGAGGACACUCCGGGUGUCGGCAAGGUGCGCAUGAAGAGCGAGGGUCGUGCUGAUCGGUUCUUCUACGAUACGCUGAUGUGUCAACAGACGGAUGGGAACUUCGGCUCGCCGGAGCGCCGCCGCGACCUGGCCCGAUGCCGCGCUGAGUACAACAGGAAAUAUAACAGGGACAUGUCAGAUACUGAAAAAAACGAUAGCGAAGAGUAUUCCGAAGAAGCGGCCUCAAAGAACGAUUCAUCUGUGGCCGAAUCGGAAGAUGUGUUGCCAGACUUAAAAAGGAAUCGACGAAAAUUCGCGCCAUUCGCGCAAGUCGUUAGUUUUAUGGGAAAAAACGGCAAGAGAAAUUAGUAUUGUGCUACGAUAAAAAACUUUAUUUUCAUUGGUGAUAUAUUUAAGAGAUUUUAAGUGAUGUAUUUAAAAAUGUAUGCGGUGGGUGGCGGUGUAUACUAUAUUUUUUUAUUUUUAGUUAUAAAAAUUCUG